GUUUCCUGUGGGCAUGCUCAGCAAUUCUACAAUAAUAACUGUAACAGGAUCAAUUAAAGAUCAACCAGAGUGCAGAAGACAAAUUAUGCAAAUACAAAUAUAAAGAAAUCGCAAUAAAUAAAGAGAACAUGAGAUAAAAAGUCCUUAAAGUAAGAUGGCAAUGAUGGGGCGAGUGAAGUUAUCCCCUUUUGUUCAAGAGCCUGAUGAUCGAGGGGGUAGUAACUGUUCUUGAACCUGGUAAUGCGAGUCCUGAGGCUGAUGGCAUCAGUGAGAUGAGAGUACGACCAGAGCGUUGGGGAUCUCUGAUGAUGGUUGCUGCUUUCUUGCGACAGCGUUUCAUGUAGAUGCGCUCAAUGCUCAACUGGGCCAAACCCACCACUUUUUGUGGGAUUUCCCGUUCAAAGGUAUUGGUGUUUCCAUACUAGGCCGUGAUUCUCCACUACUUGUCAAAGUUCUAAAUGACAUGCGGAGUCAGGAAUAUCAAGACGUGUGAUGCGGAACAUACUGUACGGGUACUGGGUACACGAUGGGCGAGAGCAGAGGUGUUGAAAAUGAGGCGGAACAAUCAACUCCAGUGAAGACCAGAAAGAGUGUCAGCGUCAGUGGAAACUGCGGACUCAGCUUUAAGCUGAACGUGGUCAGCCCACGGAGCGGACUGUCGGCCCGGGCUGAUGAGACUGCCCGCCAGCCUCCGUGCAGCCGGUAGGAGGAGCUGGCGGGUGUUCAUUUCUAACCCGGAAGCCAAGUCCCGGUCCCAGAGGACACGGUCCCCGCAGCAUCUGGGUUCCCAACGCCCGGGCUGUCUCCAAACUCUCUGUGGGAUCCCGUUUUCACCCGGUCCCCGAGGACUUCGCUCCGUAAGGUGAUUCUACAGACCAAAGCCAAGAUGCCCCCUCCCAAAGAUAUUGUGAAGAUUGCUGUGCAGAUGCCCGGGGCUUACCCUCAGCUCAUAGACCUUGACCAGAAAAAGCCUCUAUCAACAGUACUGAAGGAAGUCUGUGAUGUGUGGAACAAGAAUAAUCCGGAGCAGUUCGCACUGCAAUACACAGAUGGAAUACAGAGCUACAUCACAGAAACGAAUCGCCAUGAAAUUAAGAAUGGCAGCAUUCUGCGCCUGGCAACGGCUCCGAGCCGAGAGGCAGAGAAUCUCUACACCGGCAUCCAGAGUGGAAACUACGACGUUCGCUUUGAGUCGCUGAAGGGGUUGGCUGUUCUCUCCAAGGACAUCACCUUUGCCCAGGAGUUCAUUAGCAGGGAUGGGAUCGCUGUGCUGGUCCGCAUUGUGGAGAACGGCAAUGACACUGGUGAGAGCUUGGCCCACACUCUGAACGCAUUCAUAGAGUUAAUGGAACACGGCGUCGUCUCCUGGGAAACACUCACCCCCGUUUUCAUUAAGAAGAUUGCAGGCUUUGUGAACAAGUCUGCCAUGGACGCAUCAAUCCAGCAGUUGUCCCUGGCCUGCCUGGAGAGUAUGGUGCUCAGCAGCAGUUACCUGUUCCAGCUGGUGAAGAAUGAGGUGACCCUGGACAGGCUGAUCUCGCACCUACAAGUAACAAACCAGAUGAUCCAGACUAAGGCAAUGGCUCUGAUCAUAGCCCUGCUCCUGAGCUCCAAUGAGGAAGAGAGGAAGGAAACAAUGGAGUUUCUCAAUAAAAGAAAUCUGAGGCAAUAUGUUUUCAAGAACAUUAUCCUGAGUUCUUCCACAAUGAGAGAUGAGAUGGCUCACUACCUGUAUGUCCUGCAGUCUGUUUCCCUCAACCUCUUGGAGCCCAGGAUGAGAAUUCCAAUGGACCCCUACAAUCAGGAGCAGAGGGAUAUGAUACACAGUCUGCGCCAAACAGCCUUUGAGUCCGACGCAGACACAUCCUCUGGGAACUUCAACACGGACCGGAGAAAAUCUUUGUACGCCAGGGAGUUCAAGAGGCUCGGCUUCCCUAACAAUGCCAAUCCCUCACUAGACUUCAGCCGAACUCCUCCUGGACUCCUGCCUCUAGAUAACAUGAUCUACUUUGCUUCCCACCAUUCUGACGCCUACAAUCGGUUUGUUCUGGAGAACAGCAGCCGAGAAGACAAGCACGAGUGUCCCUUUGGUCGUGGGAGUAUUCAGCUCACCAGCAUUCUCUGUGAGAUACUGAAGAUUGGAGACCCACCAUCAGAAACAGGGCAGGACUUCUACCCCAUGUUCUUUGCCCAGGACAGGGUUUUCGAAGAGUUCUUCUGUAUUUGCAUCCAGCUGCUGAACAAGACCUGGAAGGAGAUGCGGGCCACCCAAGAAGAUUUUGAUAAGGUUAUGCAGGUGGUACGGGAGCAGAUCACACGGACACUGGCGACCAAACCCACCUCCCUCGAGCUGUUUCGCAACAAGGUCAAUGCCCUGAACUACAGUGAAAUUCUCAAAUUACGGCAGACAGAAAGGAUGCAUCAGGAGGAGACUCUGGCACCACCAGUCCUGGAGCUGAGAGAGAGAUUGAAACCAGAGCUGAUGGAAUUGAUCAAACAGCAGCGCCUCAAUCGUCUGUGUGAUGGGACACUCUUCCGCAAGAUCAGCAGCCGCCGGCGCCAAGAUAAGCUAUGGUACUGUCGCCUGUCACCCAACCACAAGGUCCUUCACUAUGGAGACGUGGACGAAGGAGUGGAGAACCCUGCCAUCGAGUACCUGCAGGAGAAGAUUCCUGUGGCAGAUAUUAAAGCCCUGGUGACUGGGAAAGACUGCCCCCACAUGAAGGAGAAGAGCACGAUGAAACAGAAUCGGGAGGUGUUGGAUCUAGCCUUUUCCAUCCUGUAUGAUGCAGAGGACUACUCACUGAACUUCAUUGCUCCUAGCAAAUAUGAUAUGUGAUCACUGCAAUCAAUAACCUGUAACUUCCCUUUUGAAGAUAAGCUUCUGAACUGCUUGUAUGACCUGAUAUUUUUGCGGUGGGCACUGAAGAUUUGAAGUUGUGACGUGAUAGGUAUAGGCCAAAUCGAGGCAGCAGGGCCCGGGGCCUGACAAUGUUUGACCAUUGCCAAACUGGUUCAGGAACAGUUUUUACCCCUCAACCAUCAGGCUCUUGAACCAAAGGUGGUAACUUCACUCAGCUUCAUUUGCCUGAUCAUUGAAAUGUUUCCACAACCUAUGGACUCACUUUCAAGGACUCUUUAUCUCAUGCCCUCAAUAUUUAUUGCUUUAUUAUUAUUAUUAAUACUUUUUCGCAGCUUAAACUGGUAAAACCUGAGGUAUGGGCCUAGCCACGCUCACUCAUUUCUCAAUAGCUAGGAACUUUCGGACUAUUCUAGUGGUGUUUAGUAUUGUGGCUUUCUGAAGAUUUACAGAGAUACUGCUGUGUAGACCUGAUUGUUUAAUGCUAUGUGUAGUGCCUUGGGAUGACACUAUUAGUAGAUAUUACUAUCAGGACAGUGUAUAUCUUGUUCAUGUUCCAAAGUCUUGGAAUUUCCUCUUUUAAUUCAGCAUAUUUGACGUGUUUUCACUUUUUGAAUUCUGUAAGUUAUGUGUGUUUGGAAUGGCUAUAUCUAUUAAGUAAGCUGUUCUUGCUUGUUUAUCCUGUGUUAUUAUAUGCAGAUGAUUAUUAUGGAUUGUCCCAUCUGUAAUAACUGAUUAUUCAUAAUAUAAUUUGUGGUAUUCUGACUCUAAAACAGGAUCAGGCUUGUGUUUAUAGUAAGGUGUGAUUUCAUUUAUGAGUUUGUAUUUUAAAGGAAGAUUUUGGUGAAUGAUAUUUACCACUUGAUUUUACAUGUGUAAGUAGUCAAAUUGUGUUAAACUACUACAGAAUCCUGUAAUGUAUUGGAUUGUUUUUUCUUGUAAUUUACUACAUUUAUCAUUUUGAAUUUGUUGGUCUUUUAUUAUGUACUUUUGAUACUUUUUGUGUUAACCACCUAGUCCUGCAUUCCCAUAAGGAACCUUUCUGUUUCUGGGAGCCAAGCGUUCGACGCUUCCAACUAUCAACAUCUAGUCUGCUCAGAUUGUGAGAAUGUCUUCCAGGGAGGGUCAUGCUGUUCAGUUGGUUAAUUUUUUUCUUCAGUAGUGAUAAUGGGGUUUUUCGGGGUUGUGCUCUCAUUUAAGUUUAAUGGUGUACACUUCUUAGCAGAAUUGCUUGCGUGGAGUGCUGAUUCCUGUUUUCAUUAACGGAAGUAUAUCCUUAGAAGUUUUAUCUGUUAUUCCUCUUCCCCUUCUGUCCUAGGUAGUGUUAAUCUAAAUGUAUUUGAAUGUUUUCUGAAAUUUUUCAUUUCAGUUCUUGUAUUUCUUUAUAACUUUUCCAGAUCCAUUACAGCCAAGAUAUUACAUCAAAACAAUACAUUAAUAUUAAUAUAGGUAUAGCAAAAGUGUUUAUUGCUGCCAAAAGAAUACAUUAAUGUAGGUUAUUAUUAUUAUUAUUAUUUCUUUUAUUUGCACAUUUUGUUGUCUUUUGCACCACACUGGUUGUCUGCACUGUAGGUGCAGUCUUUCAUUGAUUCUAUUAUGGUUAUUGAAUUUAUUGAGUAUACCCACAAGAAAAUGUAUCUCAGGGUUGUAUUGGUAACAUAUAUGUACUUUGAUAAUAAAUUUACUUUGAACUUUGAACAUUAAGGCAGCUAAAUUCUUAGGGCCUAACCAAAUAUAUUGUCUGACAUUGUGGGAAGCUAGUGAAAAAAAUAUGAAGGCCCAUUACUUGCAAGUUUUAAGGCACUAGUAACCUGUCUUUCCUCCUUCUGUAUGUUAAGAAUCUAUAUGUUGCUUGUUUUGAGGUGUAGUUCUGGAAGACUGGAUGGUGGCUAAUUUUGUGUCUAUUAUUUAAGGGCAGCAAAGACAAGCCAGGGAACUAUAGACAAAUGAGCCUGAUAUCAGUGGCAGAUAAAUUACUGGAGGGAAUUCUGAGAGACAGGAUCUAGCUGCACUUGGAAAGACAAGGUCUGAUUUGGGAUAGUUAGCACAGUUUUGUACAUGGGAAAUGGUGUCUGACAAAUGUAUUUAAGAGUUGUUCAGAGGUAAUCAAGAGGAUAGAUGACAGGUACUGGACAUUGUCUACAUGGAUGUUAGCAAGGUAAGUGACAAGGUCUCACGUAGUAGACUAAUCUGGAAGAGUGGCUAAAUGGAUUCAUAAUUGGUUCAAUUGUAGGAAACUGAGGGUGAUGGUGGAAGGUUGCUUUACACAUGUAAAUAAUUGUUCCUUAACAUUGUUCUUGCUGGGGAUGGUAAUGAGAACAGGCUCCCACUACCUAUUAAAUGGUGUGUACCCCAAAUAGCCUCUGAUAACCAAGUCCAGCUCUUGGCUUUCAUGUGUGGCUUAGCUACUAAGCCUGGUGGAACCAUUUCACCUGACAGGAGGAGGAAAGACAGGUUACUAGUGCCUUAAAACCAGUCACCUUGGGAAGAUGGGCUCAUCAGUCACAAUUGGCAGCUUGUCUAGGAGAAGGAAAACUGCUCUCAAACCUCUGCUGCCUUGCAGCUAUGCCCACUCAUGAGGAAGGCUUCAGAAGUAAACCCCAAGAGAAAAAUACAGAGUUGGAGUCCUAAGGCAGUCCUACAUUGAGUUCAAUGCUGACUGGCAACUCCUGCAACACUACUAGUGCAAAACUGUAUUGGUCUCUGCCGUUCCUUUGGGUCCAUCAGAUGCAUGAAGAGGGGGAGCUUGCUGCAUGGGCAACAGCUUUGUCCGUAUGGUACUGCCCAAGCUUAUCUACACAGCUACAAUGCAACAUCCAUGACCAGCGGAGGCCUCAUUCACUGUAGAUGGGAAAGUAGAAACCAUGCUUAGUGAGUUAGCGGAUGAUGCUAAAAUAGCUGGUAUCCUAGAAAGUAAAGAAAGUUAUCAAAGACACUAUAGGGUUUUCUUGAUCGGCUUGUUAAGUGGCCCGAGGAUUGGCAAAUGGCAAGGGUUUACAUUUUGGGAAAUUAAACCAGGGUAGAAAAUAUGCAGUGAAUCACAGUGUUAUGGAACAGAGGGACCUGAAAGUUACUGCUAGAAUGUUUAUCAUGAUGGCCUUCAUCGGUCAGGGCACUGAGCGUAAGUGUUGAAACAAUUGUACAGAAUAUUGGUGAAGCUACGCUUGGAAUACUGUGUACAGUUUUUUUCAGCCUGUUAUAGGAAAGAUGUCAUUAAACUGGAAAGAGUGCAAAGACACUUUACAAAAAUGUUGCCUUGAUAUGAGGGCCUGAGUUAUAGAGAGUGUUUGGGCAGGCUAGGACUUUAUUCAUUGCAAUGUAGGUGUACUGGCCUCUGGAGGCACAGUUUAUAUUGUAUGCAGUUUGUUUUGUAUGAACAUCGUUUCCUGUACAUAAGCUGUUUUUUAUGUCAAUUCCUGUGUGGGUUGUCCGUUUUUUUUGAAGUACACAGUGCAAAAACAUCUAUGUCCAUCCUCUCUUUAUUUGCCUUGAAACAGCAAUAUCUGUGAGUCUUAAGUUUUGUAAGUAUCAGUAAACAUUUUAUAGAUUAAUUUUGAAGGAAAAAUUUUUAUUGUUAUAUGGAGGCUACAUUAAGUGUGCUCAGGAAAGAGUGUGAAGCUGAGGCUGCCUCAGCAGAGGUGAAGGUGUAUGAAGCAGCAGCUGACUUAGACGGUAGUGAGACUACAACCGGGUUCAGUCAUGCUUUGCCAUCACAACAGCCAAUGCAGCUUACUAAAGAAUAUGUCCACACACACUUUGACUAUGAAAAAGACAGUGCUCUAGCUCCAGAUGGAGAAGAUUCCCACACCACACAGACAACAAUGUCUUUCACAUUGUCCAGGUAUUGACGGUCAACAUCUACAGCAGCAAAGACCUACAACAUCCCUUUCUGCAGUUUCAUCAUAGCAAAGACUUCAGUUAAGAGUUGCUACUAAUGCCAACCCUAUCUAUACAGAGUAAACUUCCAUCCAUCCCUGGACACACAUUUACCAAAACAGUCUCCACAAUGCCCUCAUUCUGGAGCCACAGGUGCACGAAAUUUAUCCUGGUAUCCAGCUCAUUGAAACCUCGUCACAAAAGGACAAAAUGGGUUCAACAACCAGCUGUAAAUUAUCUGUCCUGGAAGUCAAGCUUUCAUAAUACCGUGGAUGGGCUAAGUCCUAAGCCUAGUGAAGAGUUAAACCUUCUCUGUAAGCAGCUUGGUGGGGAGUUGCUGCAACAAGGGCAGUGUGUAUCAGUAAUCCAGCAAUGGAUUUGUAAAUACUAUGGCCUCCAGAGGAAUCGAAGAAUCUCUCUUUGGCAGACUCGACAACUUUCCAAAAUUUUCACAGAAAGAACCACAGAGCAACUGGAGCUUGCAGAUCUGCUAUUGAAACUGUAAGCCACAAAACAACAAGUGUCCUAUCAGGACUGAGUUUCUUGGACACAGCAGGAGGAAUAAAACCUAUAGAGGAAAAGCAACCAAACAAUAUGCCAAAUCAGUGGACAACUGGAGGGUUCAAGUAUAAAACAGUGCACUGUCAACCAUUUUUAUUCUUUGUGGAAUUUGUCUGCCGCCAUGCAGAAAUGUGAAAGGACCCCAGUUUUAUGCGCUCAGCUUCUGGCAAUACCUCAUUCAAAGAGAGAUCUUCAAUAAAAGCAUAAAAUACCUAAAACUCCUAUCACAGUCAUCAUGAAGCAUCAUAGACAAUGCCUGUGCCUGCUCCAUAAAAAACCUCAUUCCCUAAGGAAAUGUGGCAGCUUCAGAGAAAACCUGCUGGCAGACCAGUGACACUUUCUAAUGGAGCACUCAAUAUGUUUCAUAUAUUGUGCUUCAACAGAAAACCAAGCAAAAGACUAAAGCUAUCAUACACUGCACUGGGUACAACAGUGAUCAUCAGCACAUAUCAGCAGUUCAUUCAGGGACAGCACCUUGGGCUACUACUGGUUCCAGAGCACGGUGGGGAGCCAGCUGAGCAUCCAUCAGAGGUAGCUACUUCCUCCUGCACACAGGUAUGUAGGAAAGGCUUCCAAGACAAAUCCUGUUCUAGAAUAUGUCUGGCCAACAUCUAUCGGAAAGGAUAUCCUGAGCAAAAUCUAAAGGCAUACAGUAUGUAACAUUAAAUGAUCAGAACAGCGUGUCAUUGGCAAAAUCACAAUACAUUCGGUGCUCAAGGUGCUGUUUCCCUGAACAUACUAAAGACAUGAUCUAGAACAUCAGAAGUUGCUGGAAGGUGAGCAGUGAAUUUGUUGCAGAAUCAAGAAGAGGGAAAGUCUGCUUACCCUUGCUAACCCUCAUUGAGUGCAACCAUAUUCCCUACAACACGGAUAAAAUUCCAACUCCUGAGGGUCCAUUCACAUCUCAAGGCCAUAGCUGAGAAGAAUCCCCCUCUGGACUCACCUGCUGAGAUUCUCCUCUUGCUUGGCAGAUGCACAUAAGGUACGUGAACAGUGCAAUGGUUGGUGCAAUGCACCUUAUGCCCAACGACUGGACCUGGGUUGGGUCAUAGUGGGAAAAGUCUGUCCCAGUGGUGCUCAUCAGCUCACUGUCAACACAUUUAAGGCAAAUAUCCUGGAGAGUGGGGCCCAAAUCAUUUCAAACCCUGUGACAGUAGAAUCUGUAUGAAAGACAAUAUUGCAGGUAAGUGAACCAAGUGCUCUUACAUACCUUUGCACAACCAGAUUGAAGUGUCUGCAGUCACUUGGAAGAUGAUUAUGACCUUCCAUUAAAGAUGCUGUCUUCCUUCAAAUCAUGAACAAAGAGUUUACCAAAGACGAGUCGAACAGUUGAGUAGCUUCCCUUCCAUUCCACUCUCUACAACAACUCCUACGAAAUAACAGAGACCAGUUGACUCGUGUCCCUCAGUCGCACAUUGAAAAGGAAACCGUUAUGCUGCAUUAGCACCUCAAGCAGAUCCCAACAAAGAAAACUAAUAUUUGCCCAUCUUUGGUGUUUACCACUCCCAAAAACCUGCACAAAAUAUGCAUGAAUUGUCUUUGAUUCAAGUGCUCAGGUCAAAGGCAUAACACUGAACAAUGUUCUCUCAUGGGGUCUGUUCUGGGCUGUCAUGUGCUGCAGAAUAGAGUCCGUUGCAGUGAUCAUUGAGACUACCUCACAUUCUUGUGGUUUCGUGACCACCAAAUUGACAAUGAGAUUCUGGAGUAUCAAAUGGGAGUUCAUGUAUUUGGUAACUGUCCAUCACCAGCUGUGGCAAUCUAUGGCCUUAAGAGGACAGAGAGAAGGAAUUUGGGACUGAAGAACAGAGGUACAUAGAAAUGUUAAUGAUCGUCUUAAAUCAAUUUCUCAUGCAGAAGAAGCAGUCAGCGUGCAGUCCAAUCUCGGAACUCAUAAGGUCGCAAACAACAGUGUGCAAAAUUUCCCAUCUGAAGAUUGGGACAAAGUCUACAGAAUCUUGGUCUUGGACAGAACUUUCCUCCAUUGCCGUGUAGUCCCAUCCCUGGAUGGAACCUCAUUACCAACACCCAUACUUUCAAGGUUGUUGAUACCAAAAGACCCUUUAUACAUCGUGACAUGCAAACAACUAUCAACAGCCUCUGUUGUUUACUCUUGUUUAAACACCAUAGUCACAGAGUGUUUUGUUUGUGUGUGUGUGUGUGUUACCUUGGUUAACACCAAUUGCAAGAAUAAUCAACAGUAUUCGUAUAUUCAGGCAUGCAAUGAUUCAUUUUGAAUUUAAUACGUAUUUACUUAACUUUCUGCAGUUUCACGAGUAAGGUCUCAUUUAAAAAUCUCUUUUUCACUCAGAGGACCAUAAGAGUGUGGAACGAGCUGCUAGCACAAGAGUUACAUGCCAGCUCGAUUCCAACACUUAAGAAAAGUUUUGAUAGGUAUAUGGAUAGUAGGGGUAUGGAGAGCAUACCCAGAUGAGGUCAAUAGGAGAUGGGCUGAAGGGCUUGUUUUCAUUCUUUACUUUUCUAUAACUCUAUGGUUAUAAAAAUCCUGAAGGAAGCUUCUGUCUCGGGUGAUAUCUGAGAAGAUGUUUAACUCGCUGCAUAGCUUUGUAACAUAUGCAUUGCAAGGACAAUAGAGCAGGAAUUGAGGGGUGACGUUAUAGAGAUGUAUAAAAUCAUGAAGGUAAAUGCACACUCAGCCUUCUUCCCCAGGGAAAAUGGAGUAAAAACGAGAAUGUAUAGAUGUAAAGUAAAACGGGAAAGAUUUAAAAGGAUCUUGAGGGACAACUUUUUCACACAGAUGAGUAGUUGAAGCAGGUACAAUAAUGUCAUUUAAAAGAUGUUUGGAUAAGGAUAUGAAUCAGAAAGGUUUAGAGGAAUAUGGGAUGAGCUUAAGUCGAUACCUUGGUCAGCAUGGACAGUGGGCCAAAGGACCCAUUUCUGUGCUGUAUACUGACAGAAGGGUGAAGUGGGCCAAAAAGUGGCAUGUGAAUCUUGAAGAGCUGCAUUUCAAAACCUGUUUAUAUAAACACGCUAGAAAAGGAAAGCUAUGGAUUUAAGUUCACAAACAACUCUGUAGGUGAGAGGAGCUGUUAAAAGGAAGACAGAGUUUUAGCUUGAUAGAUCAAAUACAAAACAGGAAAUUGAUGGUAGAUCAUCCUGUAAUGGCUAAGCUUCAGUUAGAGCAACAUACAAUGCUCCAUUUCUUCUGGACGCCACCAAGCAGGAAGGAUGUCUAGGCCUUGCACAGGGUUAUGGAGGAGUUCUACUAGAAAGCUGUUGUAACUUUUGAUUACAUGGAAAUAAUGUGCAAAGUUGAAUGGUUAAUUGAUGUAGAUACCAAAACAUUUUUAAAAAUUCAAAACAGGAAAUUUGGUACAGUUUACCAAGGCUAAACCCCAUGUGACUGAAGUUUCAGAGGCACUGUACUUUACCUCUCCCCUUGUCCUUUGAUAUCAAAAACUUCUUCUGGUCACAGUCUAGCCCUCCAAAUGAAGAAUAUCUCAGUUCCUAAUUUUCAUGGAUAUCUAAUUGCAGGGGGGAAGCCAAUGAGAAAAUUCUCAAACAGCCAUCAAAAGCUUCUUCCUGAACAUAUAUUAAUCUCAGAAUUAGUUUACAUUAAGCCCUAUUUUGUUCAGAAAUGCCUCUUACAUGUUCUUUAUUGAUAACUUUUUUUGGUAAUGAUGUUUUAUUUCUAUCCCUGUC